AUGGGCCCGAAAACUAACCCCUCUAUAAAUCUCCGCGCGGCGCCCAUUACUCGCGAUAGCGGCCGCCCACCGCAGCCCGCGCCCCCGCCGCGCCCCGCCGCCCCCGCGCUCGCCAGCACUGCGAGUGACGCGUUACGUGCGCGUUCAUCAUGUGCGCUGCAAUUUAUGGAAAAGCGCAUUUCCCUUGCGUGCUGGGCGCGCCCCGCCCCGCCCCGGGGCGGAGGCUGCGCGCGGCCGCCGCCGCCUCCCGCCGCCAGUGGGCGCGCGCUCUCCGUCAAGUGUACACGCGUCGACGUGCCGCGCGGUGUUGUUCGCUCCAGUGAUCCUCAGUGCUCUUCAUCAGCUCGUGCCAGUGUCAGUGAUAUACUAAGCCAGCCGCAGGACAGCAGCCAGCACACUAACUACACGGGGCCCGCGCAGGAAUUACCCGAUUUUACGCUGGCAGUACUGGCAGCUACUUCCAGCGUCUGGCUGCUACCUGCAACCCUUCUGACCUACUUACAGACGUCAGACGGCAAUAAAGACGCGGUGACGUGUCGCCGGCGCCGGCGCAGGUCAGACCUGGCAACAAGCAAUCACCACGCUGACUCAGGCAGGAACUGUGGCGCGGGCAGAGCGCGGUGUCUCGCCAGGGAACAAAGCAGGCAUUGUGUGGCCACUGAUAACACUGAUAGUGCGGAGCAGGAACAAUAG